AUGGCAUCCCUGGAAGAAGAGUUGACCUGCUCUGUUUGUAGAGAUAUCUUCAGCCAAGCGCCCCCCCUACCCUGCGGUCACAGCUUCUGCCCUGCCUGCAUCCGCGAGGCUUGGAGCAGCCCAGGUGAGGGCAAAGGCCGCUUUACCUGCCCUCAGUGCCAAGAGGAGCAUGGCGAGGUGCUGUGUGACUGCUGCCCUCCUGAGUCAGAUGAAGCACCAGCUCCUUUGGCUGUCAAGACCUGCCUUAGGUGUGAAGUUUCAUUGUGUGCUGAACACCUCCAGCCUCACCUGGAGAGACCGGCGUUUAGCACCCACUUGUUGGUGGAUCCACUGGGGGACCUUUCUCAGCGAAGGUGUCCAACACACACAGAGAUAUUUCGCUACUACUGUGCAGAUGAGAGGGCGUAUUUGUGCGGCGACUGUCUGCUGGAGGGAGCCCAUGUUCAGCACAAAGUGAAGGCACUGAGACAGGUGGAAGAGGAUUUAAAGGUCAUUCUGCAGACGCUGCUUGGAAAAGCACAAGAGAAACUGAAAGAUGGAGAGCGAAUCCUUAAAGAGCAUGAGAAUAUUGAUUCCUCCAUCGCUGACUCUCUGAAGGUGGACAACACUCAGGUGGAGCGCCUGGGCUCAGAUCUGCAGGUCCAGGUGAAGAAUCUGGUGGGAGCCCUGAGGGAGAUCACUAAGAGGGAGAGACAGCAGAUCAUUGAGCGUGUGCGUGAGGACUGCUUAAAGGUGAAGGAAGAUUUGAGCCAGACACUGGGCAUCCAGCAUUACCUGGCCUCACUGCUGGCAGAGACAGACCCCUUCCUGCUCGUCUGGGCCUUUCAGUCAGAUGAUACAAAGUUACUAGCAGACCUGAACAACCCACUUUUCUCGCCUGAUCCCAUCAAUGUGGACAGGAAGCACAUCUUGGAGGACGUAGAAAGCAAGUAUCGAGAGUUCAUCACAGCCACCCUCCGCUGUCUCAGUGACCUCAAGAGGGAACUCUUAACUAGUCCUUUAACUUUGGAUACAAACACGGCCCAUCCGCUUCUAAGCAUCUCUGAUGACCUGCGCUCAGUCAAGCGGGUUACAACACGCCUGCCCUGCGCUGCUCACCUUGAACGUUUUGACCACUGGCCACAGGUCCUCACAGCCCAGACCGUCUCAUCUGGGACUCACUACUGGGAGCUGCAAGCUGAAGGUUUCUGGGAUAUUGGCAUCUGCUACAGAAGUAUUGGGCGGAAGGGGAAAGAGGGCAACGCCUUUGGGAACAACAAGAUGUCUUGGAGUUUGACACAGCAACAUGACAGGAAGCUGGCUGCCUGGCACAACCGCAGGAAGACCCGCCUCACGAACCAAAUGACCGGCAACCAUGUUGCCGUAGCUGUGGACUACGGAGCAGGCACCAUCACCUUCUCUGAGGUGAGGCCGUCUAGCAACCUAACCCACCUCCACACUUUCUCGACCACGUUCACUGAGCCGGUGUGUUUGGGCUUUGGACUCUACAAAGCUGAGCUCAACAGCAGCAUCUCAAUUGUAAAAGUCUGAAGUGAAGUAAAGAAGGACCAAGGAAACAACUUUGACAAAUGCAGAGAAAGCCACGCUAAGUCAAAGUGGCGUUGAUUUCUUUCCAACCUCUGGAACCGCACAAACCUGAGCUGGAAAUUUUAUCAUGAGCUUCUCUGAUACUUCUCUCCUGUCAGCUCUCAGGCUGAGCUCAUCUUCUUUCUCAAUAAAGAA